AGUCCCGCGGUGCCGCGCGCGGCGGAGCGGAGCCGGGGAGCUCCGGCGGUGGCGGUGCCGCUCCCGGUGCGGGAGGAGCCGGGCCGGGCCGGGCCGGGCGGGGCCGGCAGGUGGAGCGAGCGGCCCCAUGGAGCGGCCGAAGAUGGCGGAGCUGGAGAGCCUGGAGACGGCGGCGGAGCACGAGCGGAUCCUGCGCGAGAUCGAGAGCACGGACACGGCCUGCAUCGGCCCCACGCUGCGGUCCGUGUACGAUGGGGAGGAGCACGGGCGCUUCAUGGAGAAGUUGGAGGCUCGGAUCCGGAACCAUGACCGGGAAAUUGAGAAAAUGUGCAACUUCCACUACCAGGGCUUCGUGGAUUCCAUCACCGAGCUGCUCAAGGUCCGGGGGGAGGCCCAGAAACUCAAGAACCAAGUGACCGACACCAACCGGAAGCUGCAGAACGAAGGGAAGGAGCUGCUGCUGGCCAUGGAGGAGCUGCGGCAGUGCCGGCUGCAGCAGAGGAACAUCUCGGCCACGGUGGACAAGCUCACGCUGUGCCUGCCUGUGCUGGAGAUGUACAGCAAGCUGCGGGAGCAGAUGAAAUCCAAGAGGCACUACCCAGCCCUGAAGACCCUGGAGCACCUGGAGCAGACAUUCCUGCCCCAGGUGAGCCACUACCGCUUCUGCCAGGCCAUGGUGGACAACAUCCCGCGGCUGCGGCGCGAGAUCCAGGAGCUCUCCAUGUCCGACCUCAAGGACUUCCUGGAGAGCAUCCGCAAGCACUCGGAGCGGAUCGGCGAGACCGCCGUCAGACAGGCACAGCAGCAGAGAAACCUGGACAACAUCGUGUCCCAGCAGCCCAGGAUUAGCGGGGGGAAGAAAUCCAAGAAGGAAUUCAGCGCCAGCUCGGAGCUGGAGGUGAAGAACACCAGCCCCAUGUCGGAGCAGGACUCGGGGAUCCUGGAUGUGGAGGAUGAGGAUGAGGAGGAGGAGGUGCCUGGAGCCCAGGAUUUGGUGGAUUUCUCCCCAGUUUAUCGCUGCCUCCACAUUUACUCCGUCCUGGGAGCCAGGGAGACUUUUGAGAGUUACUACAGGAAGCAGAGGAGAAAACAAGCCCGGCUGGUGCUGCAGCCUCCCUCCAACAUGCACGAAACCUUAGAUGGCUACAGGAAAUAUUUCAAUCAAAUUGUGGGGUUUUUCGUGGUGGAGGAUCACAUCCUGCACACCACGCGGGCGCUGGUGACUCGCGCCUACGUUGAUGAGCUGUGGGAGAUGGCUCUGUCCAAAACCAUCGCUGCCCUCAGGACUCACUCCUCCUACUGCUCUGACCCCAGCCUGGUGUUGGACCUCAAGAAUCUCAUCGUGCUCUUCGCCGACACGCUGCAGGGCUACGGCUUCCCCGUGAACCAGCUCUUCGAGGUGCUGCUGGAGAUCCAGGACCAGUACAGCGAGACCCUGCUCAAGAAAUGGGCUGGGGUCUUCAGAAACAUCCUUGACUCAGAUAACUACAGCCCCAUCCCAGUGCCAGAUGAAGAAGUUUAUAAGAAAAUCGUUGGGCAGUUCCCAUUCCAGGAUGCUGAACUUGAAAAGCAACCCUUCCCGAAGAAGUUUCCCUUCUCAGAGUUUGUGCCCCGGGUUUUCAGCCAGAUCAAGGAGUUCAUCCACGCCUGCCUCAAGUUCUCCGAGGAUCUGCACCUCAGCUCCACAGAAGUCGAUGACAUGAUCAGAAAAUCCACAAACCUGCUGCUGACCAGGACCCUGAGCAACUGUUUACAGAAUGUCAUCAAGAGGAAAAACGUGGGGCUGACAGAGCUGGUGCAGAUCAUCAUCAACACCACCCACCUGGAGAAAUCCUGCCGCUUCCUGGAGGAGUUCAUCACCCACAUCACCAACGUGCUGCCCGACACCGUCCACACCACCAAACUCUACGGCACCACCACCUUCAAGGACGCCCGGCACGCCGCCGAGGAGGAGAUCUACACCAACCUGAACCAGAAGAUCGACCAGUUCCUGCAGCUGGCCGACUACGACUGGCUGGCGCCGGAGCCGGGCGGGCGGGCCAGCGACUACCUGCGGGACCUGAUCGGCUUCCUGGGCAGCACCUUCGCCGUGUUCACGCACCUGCCGGGGAAGGUGGCCCAGACCGCCUGCAUGUCGGCCUGCAAGCACCUGUCCACGUCGCUGCUGCAGCUGCUGCUGGAGGCCGAGGUGAGGCAGCUGACGCUGGGCGCCCUGCAGCAGUUCAACCUGGACGUGGAGGAGUGCGAACAGUUUGCCAGAUCCGGCCCAGUGCCUGGGUUCCAAGGGGACACGCUGCAGUUGGCCUUCAUCGACUUGAGACAACUCCUGGAUCUGUUCAUCCAGUGGGAUUGGUCGACGUAUUUGGCCGACUACGGACAGCCCACGUGCAAGUACCUUCGUGUGAACCCCACCACAGCCCUGAUCCUGCUGGAAAAGAUGCGGGACACCAGCAGGAAAAACAACGUUUUCGCCCAGUUCCGGAAGAACGAGCGGGACAAGCAGAAGUUGAUCGACACCGUGGCCAAGCAGCUGCGUGGCCUUAUCAACAGCCACCACUCCUGAGGGGCUCAGGAUCCCCUUCCCACAGCCAGGACUCCGGGAAUCUCGUUGGGAGAGAGGAUUUGUAUUUUUUUAUUCGCCUGGAAAUUCUCCGCGGGGCCUCCCCCCGACGGCAAAACGCUCCUGGUGGGAACGACCCCGGGAAAAGGCAGGAGCCUCCUGGAUAAACUCCUAUUUUCAGGGGUUUAGGAAGUGAUGGGAAUUCUUGGAGCCUGGGAGAAGUUCACACCCGGACUGGGGUUGUUUUUUGUUUUGUUUUGUUUUUUUCUUUUUUUUUUUUUUUUCAAAGCCAAAUUGAAGGGAUCGUCCUGCCUUCCUUUAAUUUAUUCCCUUGGAAAACAGAGAAAUCUGGGAAGAGCCAUGGGUUUGGGUUCUCUGGGCAGAGGGUCACCCUGAGUGGUUUGGUAGGAAAAAGGGAUUUCCCAGGUUUUUUUCUCCUCCUUUCCCCCUCCAUGUGCUGAUUUCCACACUAGUCUGCAAAUCCCUGGAAUUGUGACCCUUUCCUGCAUAUUCCAUCCCUGAGCUCCACUCCAGGACCUGCCAGGGACUGUGGGAUCAUGGAGCAGGGUUUGGAGCAGCCUCAUGAUUAGAUUUGGGAAGGGACAGCCAAAGGAUAAUCUGGGAAUGUGUCCUGUGGGCACCACUCUGGGGCUGGACACAUCCAUGGAUGGGGAGAGGGGAGGGAUGGAUGCUCCACAGGGAUGGGGGAUCUCAGAUCUCCAAGUGUCCAGGAGGAGUUUUUUCCUUUUUUUUCUGUGCUGGUGUCCCAUCCUCCCUCUCCUCCUGAUGAUUCCAUGGGAAAAAUUUCCCUGUUGGAGCUGGACCAGUGGGAAUUUCCUGGAGGCAGUGGGAGAUUCCCCAUGGAGCAGCUGCUCCAAAAUGCCUGUGGAUAAAAUUCCUCCUGUCCCAAAACUCCUCAAGCCAGGCAGCCACCAAUGGGAAUUAAUCCCAAGAUUUCUAUUCCAGAGGGGGAUUUUUGCCCUUCUCAUCGUGUCCCUUCUAGUUCCUCACAUUAUCCAGCCACGUUCCCAAACCCUUGAAGGGAAUUCUCAUCUCCCUGGUGUUGCUGCAGCCCUGGGAGUGCUGCUCAUGUGCCCAUUCCCAACCCUCUGGAUCUACUAAUCCAGGGGUUUUCCCUUCCCACCUUGCUCCUCAGCAAGAUUUUGGGGUUGUUUUUCAUGUGGGGAAGGUUUGUUUAACUCAAUCCCAAAAUUAAAUGGGAACACGGUCAGGAAUGACCCCCUGGAGCUCUUGGGCUGUCCAGGGACCAAGGGAUUAUUUUUGUUAAAAAGAGGGAAAAUUUGUAAUUCCUUGGUUUUGGAGAGGAGUCAGAGGUUCCUUGUGAACUCCUCUUGGAGGGAUAUGGAAAAGGGAUGGAGGGAAAAGCAGCAGGUGAAGGAAAGUUGGAGUCAGUGUGGCCAGAAAGGAAAGAAAACUUUGGAGACACCUCUGGAAACAGCCCAGAGGGACAAGGGAUGGGAAUUCUGGAGUGGGACAGAGAAGGAGCAGAAACCCCAGGACACAGGGAAAGGAUUUGGUGCUGCCAUCCUGAAAUCCCAUUUUCCCCUCCUGUAUUUCACUCCACGAGGCAUUCCCACAAAAAAUCCCCAGCACAGCCGAGGUGAGGCCUCAUUCCAGGUGCUCCAGGUGCUCCCAAAUCCACUCUGGGCUCCCCUUCCCAUCUCCCUGAGCUGCAGUUCCAGGAGCAGCGACCUGGGAUGCAUUUCCUCGCUCCUUCAGGCUCUUUUUUGGGUUCCCCCAAACCACCUCCUGGCACUCAGGAUUUGCUGCUGGGAAAGUCAAAUCCAGCCAAGGGAGAGAUUCAGGGAGUUCCUGAUCUCGGGAGGUCAAGAGCCGGAACCACAAGUCAGAGCCUGGGAUGAAAAAUGGGAUUUUGGGACUCUGGUCCCAAUUAACUUUUUGUUCUGAGGGAUGCAGCUCCAUCAUCCCUUCCAAACAAAAUUAAUCUUUUAAACAGAUUGCCCAAAAAAACCCAAAAAAAAAAAAAAAACCCUGGAAGACAUCCCAAAUCCCCUCUCAGUCUCUUCCUAAUGAUGGGUGUCCUCCGACACGGAUGGAAUUGCUUAGGAGGGAAAAGUGGCUGCAGGGAAUUUAAAAGGGAGGUAGGAAACAGGGGCAGGACCUGAAUCCAAGAUUUCCAACUUCCCAAAAUAAAUAUUGCUGCUCUUACACCUCCCUCCACGUCCACCGAACGUUCCUUAGCAGAUUUUAUUUUUUAAGAAAAGAAAAUUGGAUUAUCCCAUAAUUUUUCCUGUCUCCAGCAAAUAUAUUCCAGCACUAGUGGGGAAAAAAUUAUAUUAAAACCCAAAUUCAGCUUCCCAAGAAACUUCUUUGCUUCUUCAGGAGUUGUCAGGCAUUCCAGGAGUUGGGAAUAAAAUGUGUCCAGAGUGGGAAUUUGCAGCCCAACCCAUCCACAGGAUGUUCUCCCUCAGCCAUCAGCACCUGUGAGGUGGGAAAGGAGAGAUUUUCCUGGGAUUUUUGGGUAUUCCUGGGGUUGCAGUUCAAGCCAGAAGCUCCCAGUGAUUUUUGCACUUUGUUCCAGAUCCAAUCCCAAUUCCUGCUCGGAUGGGGACGGCAGGAAUUAGUUUUGGGCUGGUUUUCUCCCAGAUUUCUGCUUUGGGGGAGGUGGAAUUUCAGGCAGGAGCUGUGGGAAGGGUCACAGUGGCCCCAAAUUCCGUGGGGGAAUUCCUUGGGAAGCGAAGCUGGGAUGGACCCAGGGCCAUGGCUGCUGUCACACCCCUUGUGCUGAAAUUUUGGGAUCCAAUUCCAACCAGAAUCCAAACCCCAGGCAGGAAUUCCUCACCCUUGGAUGCCUCCUGCUUCCCUUGGGCUUUUCCCCUUAAUUCUGGGUUGGGUUUGGUGUUUUUUUGGACCUUGGAGAGGUUUGGAGCACCCAAACACCAUCCCACGUUCCCACUGGAUUCGUGUCCCAUCCCUGGGUGCUGCAGGAUUUUUGGGAUCUCUAUCCCAGUUUUCCUACAGCUCCAGGGGGCCUGGAGACCCCUCAUAUCCCCCCCAGCACCAUCCCAUGUUUAUCCCUCUGCUGGCAGCUCCAAGGGAGCACAAAUCCCAUAAAUCCCAUCCCAGAUGAGUCCAGGAUGAUCCCAGCUCCGUGGAACACGCCGGGAUUGGCUGGGAUUCACCCCAAAAACCCUGGGAUGGAGCUCAGGGGGGGCCUGCUCCAACCUCCAGACCCUCUCCUGAUGGAUUUGGGAAGCUUUUCCCAGAGCUGGGAUCCAUCCCCACCUGCAGCUUCCCAAAAAUCCCACGGGCAGCUCUGGAAUCUUGUCCUGUCCAAGCUGCUCCUUGCCUUGGCUCAUCCCUCAGAUUCUGGUUUUCCCAGGAAAACCCUCCCAGUUCCCAUCCCCCAUCCCAUCCUCCCUGCCCACUGGGGUUGCCUUUUCCCGUUGAUUUUGGGGUGGAAGGACCUGAUUUUGGGAACAGAGGUGGUGAAAACAGCUUUUUUUGCACAAGUCGUUGCACAAUAAGGGGAAAAUUUAGCAAAUUAGGUUUAACUUUAAAGGGAAUUUUGUUGGGUUUUUGGUUUUGUUUUGUUUUGUUUUUCCUUAAAACUCGCUAGCAGAGCUACUGAUUCCAAGAGGAAAAAAGAGCUGGAGUGGUUGGAGAAAGGACUGCAUGGUUUACAGGUUCAAUUCUGUUAGAAAUUAGCAUGUUGGACAUUUAUCCUGGUGUAAUUCCAAUUAAACAAAUACAGCAUUUAACUGUUUCA